AUGGGAAAUUGCAGGUCGUGUGAGUCUAGGUCCACGGCCACAGCCACGGCUAAGUUAAUUCUUGUAGAUGGAGAGCUAGAAGAAUUUUCAUGUCCAAUAAAAGUGUCAAAUUUGCUUGAACAGAAUCCGGAUUGUUUCAUAUGCAAUUCAGAUGAAAUGGGAUUCGGCGAAUUUGUUUCAGCAAUUGAUGGCGACGAGGAGCUGCAGCCGGGAGAGCUCUACUUUGAGCUGCCGUUGAAGUGGUUGAGCCACCGGCUGCAGGCGGAGGACAUGGCUUCUUUGGCCGUGAAAGCAAGCGUAGCUCAUACAAGAAGUGAUGGGACUAUGAAUUGUUGUGGGUCUAAAAAGGUCGGUCCUAUUAUACUGUUUCAUGAGAAAGAUGACAAGGCAAGGCCUGGCUGCGGAUGGCGGCGGCUACGGUGGCGGUCGAGCAUAUAG